AUGACGCAUAAAAUUGACGAACAUACGCCUUUGGUAUCGGACUCCAUCCCACCACCACCGUUCAAUGGCACCACCGCGAUUAAAUAUGCUCCUUUGCCGUAUUCUUCAUCAUGCACCAGUCUCGUAUCAAAAACCAAUGAAACCAGCCGAUCCGCCAAACGGAAAAUCAUGUUUGCCGCUUGUCUAGCCUUGCUCUUCUUUGCUACGGAAUUGACGGCCGGAUACUUUGCAAAUUCACUAGCCCUCAUGUCCGACGCAUUUCAUCUGUUGUCAGACGUAGCCAGUUUUAUUGUCGCCCUGGUAGCCAUUUACUUGGCCGAGAAACCGCCCACUAAACGACACACAUUUGGGUUCCACCGUGCCGAAGUGAUUGCUGCCCUGGUAUCGGUGCUAACCAUCUGGGUACUGACGGCAAUCUUGGUCAAAGAGGCUAUUGCACGACUACGAAACCCACAAGAAAUCAAUGCCAAACUGAUGUGUAUGACAGCGUCUAUCGGCGUAGCUGUGAAUGUAGUGCUGGCCUAUGUAUUAGGGGGUCAUCACGAUCACGACGGUUCGGGGAAACAUGAUCACCGUGCCAUGGAGAAUGGCGAAGCGACCACGACUGCAUCUCAAAAGGAAAGGAAUAUCAAUUUGCAAGCUGCGGCGCUUCACGUAUUGGGUGAUUUGCUAGCUUCAGUCGGUGUGCUGAUUUCGUCCAUCAUUCUUGUCUUCAAGCCUGAAAUGACGUUUAUGGAUCCUUGUUGCACAUUUAUCUUUUCAAUUCUGGUGUUGUAUACAACGUACCAUCUUGUCAAGGACUCCCUUGCCGUACUGAUGGAAGGCGCACCACAACACAUCCAAGCCGAUGCCGUUGAAAAAUCACUGGCGGAAAUCCCCGGCGUCGUGGCCGUCCAUGAUUUGCAUAUCUGGACUUUGUCGCCCGGCAAGAGUUCAUUGACGGCACAUAUCGUCGUGGCGCAGAAUCCGCUCAUCAAUUAUGACGAGGUUCUGACUUCCGGUCAGCGCAUUGUUUCCGACCAGUUUGGUGUGCUUCAUUCCACACUGCAAAUCGAAUCGGACCAUGCUUACUUUACCAGCCACUGUCAUCCCGAUCUCUGUAGCAACCGACCUUGA